GAAUGUCAUCAAUGUGGUCAAGCCUUUAAAAAAUGCAAUCAUCUCCAACGUCAUAAAAGAACCCGUACUGGAGAGAAACCCUAUGAAUGUCAUCAAUGUGGUAAAGCCUUUAAAAAAUGCAGUCUUCUCCAACGUCAUAAAAGAACACAUACUGGAGAGAAACCAUAUGAAUGUAAUCAUUGUGGUAAAGCCUUUGCACAACUCAGUAGUUUAAAAUGUCAUCACAGAUCACAUACUGGAGAGAAACCCUAUGAAUGUAAUCAAUGUGGUAAAGCCUUUUUACAACACAGUCAUCUCAAAUGUCAUAAAAGAACACAUACUGGAGAGAAACCCUAUGAAUGUAAUCAAUGUGGUAAAGCCUUUGCACAACACAGUAGUUUAAAAUGUCAUUACAGAACACAUAUUGGAGAGAAACCCUAUGAAUGUAAUCAAUGUGGUAAAGCCUUUUCAAAACACAGUCAUCUCCAAUGUCAUAAAAGAACACAUACUGGAGAGAAACCCUAUGAAUGUAAUCAAUGUGGUAAAGCCUUUUCAGGUCACAAUGUUCUCCAACGUCAUAAAAGAACACAUACUGGAGAGAAACCCUAUGAAUGUAAUCAAUGUGGUAAAGCAUUUUCACAACACAGUCUUCUAAAACGUCAUAAAAGAACACAUACUGGAGAGAAACCCUAUGAAUGUAAUCAAUGUGGUAAAGCCUUUGCACAACUCAGUAGUUUAAAAUGUCAUCACAGAACACAUACUGGAGAGAAACCCUAUGAAUGUAAUCAAUGUAGUAAAGCCUUUGCACGUCACAGUUGUCUCCAAUAUCAUAAAAGAACACAUACUGGAGAGAAACCCUAUGAAUGUAAUCAAUGUGGUAAAGCCUUUUCAGGUCACAGUCAUCUCCAAUAUCAUAAAAGAACACAUACUGGAGAGAAACCCUAUGAAUGUAAUCAAUGUGGUAAAGCCUUUGCAAUUCACAAAGUUCUCCAAUAUCAUAAAAGAACACAUACCGGAGAGAAACCCUAUGAAUGUAAUCAAUGUGGUAAAGCCUUUGCACGACUCAGUAGUUUAAAAUGUCAUCACAGAUCACAUACUGGAGAGAAACCCUAUGAAUGUAAUCAAUGUGGUAAAGCAUUUUCACAACACGGUCUUCUCCAACAACAUAAAAGAACACAUACUGGAGAGAAACCCUAUGAAUGUAAUCAUUGUGGUAAAGCCUUUGCAGGUCACAGUAAUCUCCAACGUCAUAAAAGAACACAUACUGGACAGAAACCCUAUGAAUGUAAUCAAUAUGGUAAAUAAAGCCUUUGCAGGUCACAGUUGUCUCCAAUAUCAUAAAAGAACCCAUAAUGGAGAGAAACCUUUGAAACGUAAUCAAUGUGAUAAAAGACUUUUCACAAAGUUAUUGUCUCUAUAAUCAUAAAAGAACCCAUAUUCGAUAGAAACCUCAUGAAUGUCGUCAGUGUGCUAAAGCCUGUGCAUAUCCCACUCAUCUUCAAAACGUUAAAGAUUCCACACUGGAAAGAAACCUCAUAAAAGCAAUCAAUGUGGUAAAUAAAGACUUUUUACAACUCUAUAGUCUCCAUUAUUUUUAAUGAACACAUAGAAGACAGAAACCUUAGGAAGGUAAUCGGUGUAGUAAAGCAUUUGAUGUCACGGUCAUCUAAGGUGACAAAAGAUCACAUACAAGUGAGAAACCACGUGAAUGUUAUGAACGUAGUAAAGCCUUUGUAUGUCAUAGUUCUUUAGGCACACACAAGACAAACUGCACAGCAGAGAAACCCCAAUUUAAAUGUUUGCUUUUCUCAGAGUUUGUUUGGUCAUGAGAUCUGUCCCUAGCCAUUGAAAGGCUGUUGGAGAAACCCUCUGAUUAUACUUAAUGUGGCAAAGCCUUUGCACAAUUUUGUAGUCAUCUUCAUCAUGGAAGAAUUUGAACUGGGUAGAAACAUUGUGAAUCUAUUUAGUAUGGUGAAGCUUUUUAAUUGAGCUUCUUUUUAUGUAUAUUCUUUUUAUGAGACUAUUCAUACUGGAGACAGAUGCUAUGAAUGUCAGCAGUGUGGUAAAGCCUUUAAGUUGUUGGGUCCACUGAGGUUCAACACAACUCACACUCCAGGACAAUGCAAAGGAUAAGAAUUUAUUGGGCUGGGUGGUGGUGGUGCACUCCUUUAAUCCUAGCACUCGGGAGGUGGAUGCAGGCAGAUUUCUGAGUUAGAUGCCCAACUAGUCUAGAGUGCAUUCCAGGACAGCCAGGGCUACACAGUGAAACCCAGUCUGGGAAAAAAAAAUUUAAAAAAAAAAGAAUUUAUUGGAAUUAAGUCACUACUGAUCAGUGAGAGACACAAAAGUAUACUCAGAAGUUUAUCUUCAAAACCCCACUGCCCACACCCAACCUGAGACAGAAAGUUGUAUAGCUUUCAAACACAAAAACCUCAAAGUCCUGGGCCAAUUUACAGCUACAUUUUCUCCCAAAUCAAAACUUAUUUUUAUUGAAUGAGUCAAUAAAUGGUGAUUGCUAA